AUGUCGGUUAUUGUUGGUAAAACAGUUGAUGUUCUCGAUUGUUAUGAAGGUCGUGAUGCUGCUAUUACAUUUACACUUUAUUUAUGCUGUUUAAUAAGUGGAUAUUAUCCACGUAAAUCAAGCAUGCAUAAAUGUUUACAACGUAUAUUUAAACGUUUAGAAGAUGCACGUGUUGUUUUACGUCUCUAUGAUGAUAUAGCAAUUCUUCGAGAUUUUUUUACAUAUGAAUUAAGACCUGGAGAGCGAAAUAAUAUAGUCCGUUUUUUAAAAUGUUUACAUUAUAUUUCAUGGCUUUGUUAUUAUCCAUCUGAACAUAUCUUAUGGCUUGGACAAAUGAAAAUGAUUAAAAUCGAUGCUGAUUUAUGGGAUUUCUAUACAAAUUUUUUCUGGGCAUCAGCAUUACUUACUUCUGCUCUAUGGAAUGCUUAUGUUGUCUUACAAUAUAUGACUCAAAAGACUUAUAGUAAAGAAAAAGAAGAAGAAGAGAAAAAAUCAUUUAUACCAUGGACUGCAUCACGUAAUGCUAUGUUAGCAAGUAUACGCGAUGGUACAGAAUUCAUGGUUGCCGUUCAUUAUUUACCUCAAGGUUAUUUAUGGGCAUCAACAUUGACCUAUAUUCAAGUGGGCUUGUUUGGUACUUGCUCUGCUUCCUUACGUCUCUACGCACUUUUUAAAUUUCAAGAAAAUUAA